CACGACAUGAGCGGCCAGGGCAGCGACGAGGUGACUUCGCCGCUGGAAGACGAUGAUCUUCUCUCGGAGAUCCUCCUCCGCCUCCCCACGUUACCCUCCUCGCUCCCGCGCGCCUCGCUCGUCUGCAAGCGCUGGCAGCGCCUCGCCACCGACGCCAUCUUCCUCCGCCUCUUCCGCGGCCGCCACCUCAAGCCCCCCAUGCUUGGCGCAUUCAGUAAGGCCUCCGUCGCCGGAGAAAUCGUAUUCACCCCGCUUCUCGACCCUCCCGACCGCAUCCCCACCGAGCGCUUCUCCCUGCGAGUUUGCGGCGAGGACGCCCCUGAUGUGUGCCACGUGUUCGGGAGCCACCAUGGACACGUCCUCGUCAUCAACUGGAGGACACUGGAGCUCGCGGUGUUUGACCCCGUCUCCGGCGACCGCCGCACCAUAGUCAUCCCGCCGGAAUGCGGCGAUAGUGGGCUCAUCAUCGACAACGGGACGGUGCUCUGCCUCUGCGCUGCCCGAAACUACCAGGGCCACGUGCACGGAGACUGCCACUCGAGGCCCCUUAAGGUGGUAUUGGUAGGCAGGGACAAGACAGUCCAUCCUCAAGCCGCCUUCGCCAGGGUUUACUCCUCAGAGACUGGCAUGUGGGGAGAUAUCAUCUCGUCGGCCGAACCAUGUACUGGUGCUCUUAGCCGGCACCCGUGCACCUUUAUCGGAAGUGCUCUUUACUGGCGCCUAAUUGGAGGUGGGGAUGGCAUACUUGAGUUCGACCUGGAUAACCAGAGCCUGACUGUCAUCGAUUGGCCUACCGAUGACCCUGUGCUUACCAACAGCUGCACCAUCCGGGGAGAGGACGGCGGUGUUGGCGUCGCCCUCCUUUUGUACCCAAACCUCGAAAUGUGGGAUCGCAAGGUAAAUCAUCGUGGUGUUGCCACAUGGGUGCUGCGGAAGACCACUGACAUGACUGGGAUGCUGGGUCCGGAGUCUGCGAAUGCAUAUAUAGUGGGGUACGACGAGGAUGCCGAUGCAGUUUUUAUGUUGAUACUGAUAGAUGGAGAUCCAUGCAGUCCUUUCUUGAUCAUCGUUCAGCUUGAGUCGAUGAAGGUCAAGGAAUAUUAUGGAAGCUCUAUUGCGGAGAACUACUAUUAUUCGUUCAGAAGCUUCCAUACUGCCGGCACACCCCAUUCUGAUGUCGUCCAGGGAGCGAGGGACGCUGCGCCGAUGCCUCAACUACAAAAGGCUGGCGCUGGUGGCGUGCAAAGACCCGUCCUCACAGGGGACGCCCAAGCCACAAACUCCUUGUUGGUUGUCAACGACAAUGUGGAGGCGGGUCGUGGUGAGGCGAGGAGACGGAGGCGCUGGGGCUGGGGCUGGACCUGCCACUACAGAAAAACCGCACGCUGCCAAGUAUUAACGUGUAAGCCGAAUGUUAAAACACGGGUUCUCAGCUUGCAUCAACCUAAGCCGAGUACAGACUGGAGAAAACACGGCAAAAAAUAGGUACCCGGCUUCCAUACAAGUAAGCCGGCUGUGUGUAGAAAAAGCUCUUGGCGUACGACCGGUACUGGGCAUACGGGUGGAAAGGCACUCGGCUUACAGCCAACAAUCAAAGCAAGCAUGCUCUGACACUAUAUGGCCACUCAUACAUCUCUUCGAACCUCUAAUUUCUUAUGAACUACUUACCACUUCUUGUAACUUGAUCGAUACU